CCAAAGAACACCCGAACUUGAGCAUUUGAGGAAGCAGCUUGGGUCAUAAUCAGGUUUAACUGAUGCGCAUAGCAAUGCACAUAGUGAGUAAAUGGAUAUCUUUGUUUAAUUUUUGCCUGUACUGCAGCAUUAUGUCCGCUCAUCACCGCGGCUCCAUCAUAGCUUUGUGAAAUUAGUUUGUUAGGAAAAUUUCCUAUUAAUGGAUCUACGACGCUCUUGUGAGAGUAUCAGCGUCACAUUUUUCGGGAUUCAUAUAAUUCCAAAAACGUUCUACUGGUUCGCCGUUAAAUACGUAUCUGAAAAUUGUUACCAGUUGGGCUUUUCCCGAAAUGUCCGUUGUUUUAUCUGCUAUUAUCACCAAAUACGAGGCUCUAUUAAUCUGUUUUAUUAUUUCUUCAAGACAAACUUCAAGAAUACAAUCCGGUAGAUCGUUUUGUAUUUCUUUCGAAGUUCCUUUAAAUAUUGAAGCAUUUUUCAUGUGUUCGCUUGAGGUUGUAUCAAGCUCAGCAGAAAAAUUAGUCAGUUCACGAAAUAUUUCCGGGUUUUGGGAGCUCUCGGCCCCGUAGCGCCAAUUCAAA